UCCAGAAACAUCCCUAACGGUCCGAAAGCACCGUCGACGUUAAGGAGACCCCGUCCUUGGCUACGGCUCGGACGCUAAACCCUGGUAAAAGCCCCGAGCUUUGUCGCCGCCGCCGAGGCCACUUGCUCGCUCGCUCGCCUGUCGGCGGAGAGGAACAGAAUGGUGUGGUUCCAGUGCGAGGACUGUGGCGAGAAUCUGAAGAAGCCCAAGCUCCCCAAUCAUUUCCGCAUCUGCUCUGCCUUCAAGCUAUCCUGCAUCGAUUGCGGAGAGACGUUCAGCCAGCAGAGCGUUCAGAGCCACACUCAGUGCAUUUCCGAAGCGGAAAAAUAUGGUCCAAAAGAUCAAGGGAAAGGUGCACGUAAUGCACAAACGAAACCUGAUAAGCCUAAGCAAAAUGCAGGUGUGGAUGUAAAUGUUGGUUUAUCUUCUCAUGCUCCUUGGUAUUGUAGUCUCUGCAACACAACCACUACCAGCAAGCAAAAUUUGCUGGUUCAUGCUGAUGGCAAGAAGCAUAGAGCAAAAGCACGAGCUUACCAUGCUGCUCAGCAACAAUCUGGUCAAGCAGUGGAACCAAUGUCAAGUGAGAAGGGGAGUGUUGGUGACACACCAAUGGUUGACUCUGUUGAAGCAAAUGGUUUCAAGAAGGCAGACGAAUCUAAAGAAAGAGAUACACUGAAAGACACUGGGGCAUUGGUCUCAGGAGGGGAAGAGAAAAGUACAACUGGAAAAAAGAGAAAGGUUGAUGCAUCUGGUGCGGGACUAGCUAAAACUACAGAGGAUAAAAAUGUGCAUAACUUAAGCAAUGGGGAAGUGCUACAAGCAGAAAAGGGAGAUGGACAACAGUGUCAACCAAAGAAAAAGAAGCAUGCCGAUGCACCAUCCAAUUGCGAACAGCCCGAAGAUAAACAGAGUAAGGAAGCUUCUAAGCAUAAAAUCAAGUGGAAGAAGCUUGUUACUUCAACCUUAAAGUCGAAUCCGGAUGGAGUUAUGAAGAUAAGAAAGUUGCAAAAGCUUGUUAUUAAGGCACUUCAGGAGUCUGGCAUAAGCGAAGAUGAGGCCCAACUCCGAGACACUUUGAUGGGAAAGAUAAAUUCAAGCUCUCGGUUUGUGAUUGAAGACAAGCACAUCCGAUUGGUAGCAAAGACUCAGGUAUCCUGAUUUUCAUGUGCUGCAGAGGAAAAGCAUCGUGGAUUUUGGCAUUCCAUUCUGAUGGAGCCUUUUUACUUACAAACUCAAGCAUUUUGUUGCAUCGCCAGGACUCCUAUAAAUUAGAACAGCUUUAAAAAUUCAAGUGGACAAGCAAUGCAUAUUGGGAGGGUGAGAAGGCUGUUUUAUGUAACUUAAGCCAACAUGGAUGGUCGGCAGUGCAAAUCUUUCUUCUCAUUUUUGCUUCACAGGAUGAUUACACUCAAAAGGCAACAUUGACUUCGUGAUUAUCAAAGAGCAUUUUUUUUUUUUGGUUAAUGAUAAAAUGCAUUUUGAAUUGGC